AUGGUGGGCGCCACGCUGCGCGAGUUCCAGGCGCAGGCGGCCACGAACGUGUACUGGGCCUGGCACUUCUGGGAGAGAAUCGCGGCGGUGGAUGGCUCCAUGGGGCUGCACCCUGACCUCCGUCGCGUGCUGCAGACCCACGGCUACGUGGGCGCGGGAACGAAGUCCCCGCCAGGAGGAUCGCUGCAGCAGGAGCUGGACGCGUUGCUCUCCUCCACCACAGCGCCGCACGGCGGGGGCAUGCACGCCUCCCCUGGGUGGGCCGUGGCCCCGGUGACCCAGCAGCAGCAGGAGGACAGCCGAUGGAACCUCAGCCUCCCGCCGGACCUGCGACGCGCGGCGCCGGAGAUCUACCGCACCAUGCGGGGCGCUGGGGCGGCUAGCGCUCGCGACUGGCUGUCGCAGGAAGUGACGGGCCAGCGACACACGGCAGUCUGGACCGACCUGUGGACUGCCGCCACCAACGUGGACUACUUGCUGGGCGGGUGCAGGACCCAGUCCGAGCUGCUCACCCGCCUGGCGUCCGACGAUGCGCUGGAGCUGCACCUGAGGCGGUUGGCGAGCUACGUCUACGAGAUGCGGACGAAGGACAAGGUGGGUGCGGCGGCCAUGCUGGCCGUGCGCCCGCCCGGGUCGGCCGCCGACUUGGCUCCCACAUGGCUGGUGACCGAGGCCACGACCCACAGCAAGGCCGAGCACCAGCGUGACGAGAGGGUCCACGCCGCCAGCAAGCGCGACAGCCGAGGCGGCGGCCGUGGCGGUGGUCACGGAGGAGGAGCUGGUGCCCCGCGGCCGCGGGUGCAGCCUAGAAUGCCAGUGACGGGUUUGCCUGGCUCGCUGACGCGGGCCCUGCAGUGGAAGGAGGCCGAGGCCAGGUUGAGGACGCGCUGGGCUCGACGCAUGCGUGUGUGGCGUCGGGCCUGUGGGCUCAUCGAGCUCAUGGACGGGAUGGGCCGCGGAUCCCUGGAGGCGAGACCAGCGGGCCAGCGUGAGCCGAGCAAUGGCGACAUGAUGCUGGCCUGGCAGCUCGUGCAGCAGUAUGCGUUACAGGACGCAGCGCGGUACGAGCGCGACUGCCGGGGGCUUGCCCCGACAGGCGGUCAAGGGGCGGAUCUUGCCUGCGACCGAGGACCGCAGGAUGCCUACACCGGAGAGCGCAAGGGUGUGAGCAGGCACGUGAUGAUGUGCGCCGCGGCGGUUGCAGAACCCCCCGACGACAUGGUCGUGGACCUGCUGGAGGCGCUGCCUGACGGCGAGCGCCAGUACUACUCGGACGAGCUGAACGUUCUGGACUACAGCGGCAAGGCGCUGCUGGGCGUGGGCGCUCGCUUGGGGGCGCUCGCGGGCGCCGCGGCGCCCGCCGAGGGCGGGGCCAGCGGUGCGCCGCGCGCCUCGCCGCCCGAGGACGGGGGGCUGGAGGCGGACGGCCGGGGGGAUGCCGGACCUGAGGACGCUCAGCAGCAUCGCUACGACGACGACUGGCUCGGGCAGCAGUCCAGCUGCCGUGCCGCGCCGCCUAGCCCGUCGGGCUACAGCGUGGCGGAGUGGCUAGAGGCGGUGAGGCGGGCGAAGCGGGACGACGAGCGGGUGAUGGUGGUGAUGCAUCUCUUUGCUGGCCGUCGGCGGCGUGGCGACGUUCAGGAGGUGGUAGAGAGGUUGGCGAUGGAGCGGGGCCUGAGGGUGCUCUUUCUUUCUGCCGAUCUCCUUGACGACCCGCGGUGGGACCUGGCCAGCCCUCCCACCUUCUCCGCUUUGAUGGAGCUGUGCGAAGGCGGCUGGGUGGACGUCGUGCUGGGCGGCCCGCCCUGUUCGACCUGGUCGCGGGCUCGCUACAAUCGUCGCCGACCAGGACCGCCGCCAGUGCGCUCGCGGCGGUGCCCCUGGGGGCUGCCAGGCCUCAGGACCUGGGAGGCCGCUAGAGUCGCGGAAAGUAACACCCUGACGCUGAACUUGUUGGCACUCUGCGAGGCGUGCGGCCAGAGUGGCGGCGCCUUCCUCAUCGAGCACCCGGAGGGCCCAGGGCAGGCGCCCUACCCAUCCAUUUGGAACACGACGGAGAUGCAGGACUUCGAGACGAGGCGCUCGUCUCAGAGAGCGUGCCUGGACCAGUGCAUGCUGGGCGGACGGACGAAGAAGCCCACGUGCCUGAGCGGCGCGCUGCAGGGACUGAAGGACCUGGAUGAGCUGCGGUGUGACGGGUCCCAUGCCCACGAGGCGGCCGAGGGCAAGUUGGCCGACGGCACCUUCCGCACGAGCCCGCUGGCCCAGUACCCCGAGGGGAUGUGCGAGGCGCUGGGCGCCCUGAUUGUCCAGGCCCUGGCCAUCUUCGAGCAGACCGGUCUGGGCGGCGCCGGGUGGCGAAGGCCGCCGGAGGCCGACAGGUCGGUCACCGCCUGGAGCUCGCGGAGCACUACGGCACUAGCGGUGGCCGUGCGGAACGAGGGCGUGCUUCGCGGCCGUGGGCUGGUGCUGGACGGGCCGCAGAUGGCCUUCUACCUGCGCGUCGACGACGGGGUGGUGAUGGCCAGUGGCAGCGGCUGUGGCCCACGGGCCACAGGGAAGAUGCACCAGCUCGCGGAUGCCCUGGCCGAGGCCGGCUUCGUGGUCACCGACCGCACGGAGGCUAACGACAUGCAGAAGGUGCUGGGCUACGCACCACAGGCGCGCCCAGCGCAGCUGCGCUUGCCCCCGAAGAGGGCGCGGGAGCUGGUGCGGCAGCUGGAGGAGAUGGGCGCCACCCGCACCCUCCACACCGAGGAGCUGCGCUCGCUCUUGGGGGUGUGGAUCUGGGGCGCUCUGCUACGGAGGGAGCUGCUAUGCAUACCCAGCGCCGUCUUCAGGCUCCUGGAGAGGCACCCGCGCCAGCGGGUGUGUACCUGGGCGACCGUCCGCAGGGAACUGCGAGCUAUGGCGCAGGUAGUCCCGUUGAUGUACGCCGACCUGGGAGCCCCGCCAGCCCCCGUGUAUUUCGCGGCGGACGCCAUGGGCGCCAACGUGGAGGACGACGGCGGCUGGGGCAUUCUGGUGACCGACAUGAGCGAGGACAUCGCGAAGGACUUCAUCGACACGGGCGGCAACUUGGGCUACACCGUGGCGCGGCUGGACGGCGAGCUCACUGGACUGCGACGGCCCGAGCAGGUCAUCCGACGGACGAAGCCCUUCAGCCUCCUGCCGGAUCGCGUGUUCAAGCCCGACGAGGACUGGACGAUCGUGGGCGCGGGGAGGUGGCGGACGGCCGACCACAUCACGCUGGGCGAGGGGCGCUGCGUCGUGAAGAUCAGUAGACUGGCGGCCGCCACUCCGGCCCUCCACCGCACCGUGCUGCCGAUCCUGGAGGACAACCAGCCAGUCUCAGGCGCGGUAUGCAAGGGCAGGAAGCUGGACAGCACUUCUGCUGAGAAGGUUAAGCCGCACACCCUGGCGGCUUACAGGGCAGCGGCUAUGAAGUUCGUGACCUACCUGGACGAGCACGGCUUCGUCCCCGACGGGCCCGAGCAGUGGGACGACCUGCUUGUCGAGUACAAGAACGACAUGCAGAUGACCAAGUGCAAUUUCGAGUACGCCGUCGCGGCGGUGGGGCUCCUCUUUCCCUAUUCGCUCGUCGACUACAGGCUUCGGCUCAAGCAGUUUGAAGCAGCCUUGGGCCUCGACAUCCACUGGGCGCCUCGCUCGGCGCGCGCAGGGUUCGCCAGCGAUUCCGUGGCUCGUGGUGUCCCCUUCCAGGACAUCAAGGAGGCAGGACGGUGGCUCACGGAGUCCAGCCUCCGCAUCUACGUGGACGUUGUCACCGCCUCCAGGGUCCUGGCUCAGGCUGAGCAGCGAGGAAUCGCACCGCUCAUCCGCGAGGCGGCCGAGAAGCUGCCCAACUACUUCCCGGAGGGCAUCUUCGGCGAGGGUCAGAGCAUCCAGCAUGCCGCCAGCGGGCUGGCGCAAGGGCCAGGACGGCUCCUGGGUGCUGCCUGCGGAGGGAGCCCCUCCAGCGCCGCUGGCGGGGGGCCGCCGGGUGGCCUCGCCAGCGCCCCGAGCGGCGCUAGCCCAGCCGCCUGCGCCAGCACUAGGUGGUGCGGCCGCUCAACCUCGCGAGGAGUGACGUGGGCGGCGGUCGCCGCGAUGCUGAUCGGGUGGCGCUACAUGGCCGGGCCGCUGACCCACGUCGGGACCAUGAUGGGCGUCGUGGCCAGCGUAUCAGUCUCGGCAGGCAAGGUGGUCGACAGCAGCCUUGGGGCAGUCAUCACGGCGGCACAAGGCGUGUCAGACUUCGCCGUGACGUCGUCCCGCAGCUCGGCGAGCCUCCUGCAGGAGGCCUGGCGCGGAGUGGACAUCACCAACCUUCACGUCCGCCAGCGCCGCGCCGAGCGGCUCGCGGACGACCCCGAGAUCUUGCAGGCCUGGAUCCAGCGCGAGUUCCUGACAGGCGAGCCCCGACCGCCUGGAGCCGAGCAGGUCGCCACCGCGAUCGCUGAGGCUUCGGUUACCAUACCUCACAUGUCGGAGAGAUGGCAGAUAAUGAUCUGGCCCAGUCAAUACCGCGAGCUGCACAUGACACUCGACCUGCUGCCGUCGGGUUUCUACGGAGUCCAUAUGGUCGAGCGAAUCGUGAAUUUCACGGUCCAGUGGAGCAACCCAGUGUGGAGUAGCCUCGACUGUGACAUCAGCUCGGAGAGGGAUACAGUCGUGGCUCACAUCAACUCCACUUUGGCAGGGCUCCCGCUCCCCGAGAUCCGCUACAUGUCCAUGACUGAUCGUGAAAUCCAAGUCGCCAGGCUCCCAGGUGCCUGGAUCAAUAUUGCCCGUAGGCCGAUCUUGGUCCGAGACAAUUGCACGCCCGCCCAGCCAGCCUGCGCACACUUUGCGGCCACGAGCCUGCCGAGGGCAAUGGCCCAGCCCACAGCAGAGGAGCUUCGCCAGCGAAUGGCGGAGCACCCCGUGACAACCACGGAGUUGUCCCAGGCGAGGAACGCCCUUCGCAACACCUUCGGGCUCCCUGCGACAGAGCACAACGCGCAGGUGCUCGUGGCAUUGCGCCACUUCAACCGAAGGAGCCACGUGGAAACGUCCAUCAGGGCCACGCAGGUUGCGGAGCAAUUCUUGCUUAAGAAAGUCUACGUGGUCCCGAAAGGUGUCUACCCAGACCUGCCCCGCCACGUGGACGUGAAGUGGCUGGUGCCGCCGCAGGCGGUCGACGAGUGGCCAGAGGGCAUCGCGGCCGACGACGCGUGGCUCGUCGACGGGGGGUACAACCGGGAGCUUUUGGGCCCGGGCGUAUACGAAUACCACGUCAAGGUGGGCAUCAGGGCCGAGAUGGACCUUGGUACUGGUGCCCCGGCGUUACCCUGGGUCCCGCCCGGCGCCGCGGGGGGCGCGGCGUCGGCGGCCGCGCCGGCCGCGCCGCCGGAAGCCGCUGCGGCCCCGCCUUCGGGGGCUGCGGCCACGGACGCGGCCGUUCCCCAGGCGGCCCCCGAGGGCACCGCGGCCGGGGCCGCGCCAAGCUCGGCGGCAGCGGCGCCGCCCGAAGCAGCUCCCGUGCGCCCGCUCUUGCGCGCGGGGUCCGAGCCGCAGGACCCCCAGGCCACGCUCACGGAGAUCGCGAUGGCGAUGCGCGGCGCGGCCGCGUCUGGGCGCUGGGUGUCGGCCGAUGCGGCGGACAACGAAACGGUAGAGUUCCUCCUCAAGCUGGUCCUCGAGCGUUUGCGCCACCGGCUCACCGAGAGCACGGAGGUCCCGAAUCCUUACAUCGUGUUCAUGUCUGUCGUGGGGCAGCUGUGCCGUGACAACGCCUGUUUCUCGGCGGGGGCAGCGGAGAGUCUGCGGGACUGGAUCACGGAGGUGGGGACCGUGUGCACGCCAGAGCAGAUGGGGCCCGUGCUGGUGGCUGCGAGUGUUCUGUUUGACACGGACGUCCACGCCACCCCCGACCUCACGGCGACGGGCCUCGACGAAGGCCAGCACUUCAAGUUCGUGCGGGGCACCCUGUACACGGACUUCAUGAAGCACCGCGCGGAGGCGCGCUUUCGCCAGGUGCAGGGCGACCGCGUGGCGGACGAGGCCUCGCGAUUCGCGUCCUUGAAGAAGCUCCCGGCUGACAAAUUGGACGCAGGGAAGCGCGAGCAGGUCACGCUCAUGACGACGUUGCUGGACCCCGACGCGUCCCAGCAGUCCAAGGUAACGUACAUCCUUUCGAACGCCAAGGGUUUCCCCACUCUGCGGGAGUGGUGCCCAGAAAGCCCCCUUCUGUCCCUGCAGAGCUUCGCGUCGCCGACAACGCGGUGGUGUGAUCAGGAGGCGGACGUCGUUGCGGAGACCGCGAAGCUCAUCAUGGAGACGGCGAGCAACAUUGGCAAAUGCCAGCAGCCGAUGAAGACAGUCCUCGCCGACAUUGUGGCCAUCCGCGCGGCGGCGGAGGGGGCGGACGCAGACACCUACCAGGACUUCAUCGACGCGAUCUGCAGAGAGUACCUGACGGCGCGGCUGGCUCUCCAAGCAAGCCGCGAGCUAGCACCAGAAGCGCCCCCGCUCCCCCACGAUGAGAAGGAGCAGAAGGUGGUGAGAGACAUGUACAAAGCCAUCAUAAAGGCCGUCGGCGCCGGCGUCAUGCGCAAGGUGUGCGCAAACCAGGGCUCGGCGAUGUUCGCCAUGUCCGCCUCCGCAGAUACUUUGCGGGAGCAGGCCGAGGCGGCCAAGAAGCAGCAGGAGGAAGAGGCGCUCAAGAAACAGCAAGAGGAAGAGGCGGCCACAAAGCUGCAGGAGGAAGAGGCGCGCCAGAAGCAGCAGGAGGCCCAGAAGGUGGGCGCCCCGCCGCCAGGGACUUGGAACGAGGGCGAGCCCGCGCCGCCGGGGGCGGCGGGUGCGGCGCCCGGCCAGCAGGGAGCCGCGGCGGCAGGGGCAAGCGGCCCGCCAGUUGCACCAGGCUUGAAGGACCUCAAGGAGGGCAUGCGGGGCACGAUCAACAUGAAGCGCAAGAAGGAGCUUCACGGCCUGGCCGUGGAGAUCAAGCGCAAGCGGACGAAUGACAUCGUCGUGGGCUUCGUGAACGAGCCGACGAGGGACCUGAAGCCGCUGCAGCCGCACAACUUCCAGCCCGACGAGGCGCCGCCGUCGGCGACGGGCGAGGCGCCCCCCGGAAGCAGCUCAGGGCCCGCGGCCCCCAGCGGCCAGGCGGCGGCUGCGGCAGAGGCGGACGGCGGCGCUGUCGCGCCCACCGGCCCCAGCUCGGGGUCCGCGGCCCCCAGCGGCAAGGAGCAGGCGGGGCCCGCCGAGGCCACGACGGCGCCCAAGCAGGGCGACCAGAAGCAGGCGGACGAGAAGGAGGCGGCGAACUUGGAGGCGCUCCUGGCGGCGCGCCGGCGGAAGCGGCCCACCAUGGACUCGCCAAGUUGCGAGAGCCACUUCCUUGGCACGGUGGGGCUGAUCCCGAGGUCCUCCCCCCACCUCUUCCGGGGGUACGAGAACGACACUCCCUGCGAAGGCGGCGGCGGCGACGUCAGGAGGCCAGACUUCGCGUUCAGCCCUGGCGGCGACUCGGCCUCGGACGACGGCACCGUGUCGCCCCCAUCGCCCACGACCGCCCGCGGCGCGCUCCCGCGCGAGCCCGCCGGCGCCUCGGACCCCGUCGUGGACGACCUGGCGCUCACCUUCGCGCCGCCCGCCCGCCCGGGCGCCUCCUCGGCGAGGCCGCCGCGCGAGCAGCUCCCCGCGGCGGGCGCGGGCGCGGGCGAGGGCGGGGCCGAGGAGGGCUGGGGCGGCGGGUGCCCCGGCAGCGCGGCCUUCGGAGCACCCGAGCCGCAGCUGCGGGACCCGCUCUCCGGCGCUGGCGCCGACGACGGCGCGGCCUGGGGCUCUGCUGGCGGCUCUGGCGGCGCCGCCCCCGAGGCCUGGGGGCCUCGGCCGCAGUGCUCGUCGGGCCAGGCGGCCGCCCGAGGCGAGGCCGAGGACUGGGGCAGCGGCGCGAGCCGCGCGGCCUCUGGGGCGGCCUCGGAUGGCCUCCAUCUGCAGGGCGCGGCCGGGGCCUGGGGCAGCGGCUCCAGCCGCGGGGCCUUCGUGGCCUCGGGGCAGCCGCCGCAGGACCCGUUCUCGGGCUGCGGCCCCGACAGCGCCGCAGGCGGCUGGGGCAGCGGCUCCAGCCGCGCGGCCUUCGAGGAGGAGCCGCGGGACCCGCCGUCGGGCCUUGCGCCCGAUGGCGUCGCAGAGGGCUGGGGUAGCGGCUCCGGCCGUGCAGGCUUUGGGGUCUCAGAGCAGCAGCCGCGGGACCCGUUCUUGGGCCCCAGCCACAGUCUCGUGGACGGCUGGGGCAGCGGCUCCUCCCAGGGUCCCCCCAGGCAGCAGCUGCGCGACCCCUUUGCGCGGCCGCCGCCUGGCCAGGAAGGCGCGUGGGCGGCGAGCGGCAACCCGCGGGAAUAUGCAGAGGUUCCCGCCACCGUCCGCGUCGUGCCAGGGCAGGCGCCCGCACCCGCCCCGCCCCUGGUGUCGGCCUAUGGCGUGCUGGAGAGCUCCGGGAAUUAUUUCAAGCCGCUGCUCCGCCAGCAGGCGCAGGCUGGCGCGGGCUGCGAGCUCCCCGCCGCGGCCCAGCCAGCGGUUCCGUUCCCAGACGCGGCGGACGCGGCGCUGAGGCGCAAGUUGGCUGGGCACGGGAACGAGGUGGCCUUGCUGCAGGCGCGCGCCGAGAGGCUGGGCGACGCGAUGGCGCAGAAGGCCUCGGUGGCCGAGCUCCGCCAGCUGCUCGAGGAGGCCUCCUCGCUGCAGAAGCGGCUGCUGCUGCUGGAUGACGCAGCCCUGCGCUCUGCGGGCUGGCCGGUGGAGCAGCUGGCCGCCGUGCGGUGCGCGCUGGAGCGAGUGGACAGCUGGGACGCCCUGCUCGAGGAGGUCAGGUCACAGGUGAACUCGGCCAAGAUCGUGGCCGCCGCGUGUGUGGAGUUGCUGGAGCGCGUCACAAAAUCGUGGCACGCGCUGCAGCGGCCCCCCGCAGGGGUGCGAAGCGCCGACCUGGGUCUCGAGAAGCGCGCCGCCGCUGCUGGGCCGCUGGUGUCGGCGCUGGCGGACCGUCUGGCCACGGAGGGAGCGCGCUGCGGAGACAGCGUAGCCCUCAGGCGCUUCAUCGCGCUCGUCAACGCGCCCGCGUCGCGGCAGGUGCUCCAGCGCGAGCUCUGUGUCGAGUUGCCCACCGCCGCCGCUCUGCGGGAUCUUGCGGGAGUCGUGCGCGCCGCUCAGGGGGAGCCGGCGAGCGGCAAGGAGGCGCCGCAGAGGGCGCCGAAGGAGGCGCUGAAAGAGGCACCGAGGGACGGCGGCAGGCGCUCGUCUGGUGGCGGUGGCCUCAGGGUCACGUUCGGCGAGGGGGAGCCCGCCCCGGCGGCUGGGGAGAGGCCGCCGGCGAGAGAGGUGGCGCCGAGCGCGCUGGUGCAGGCCGUGGUGAGUGGCGAGGUGGGCAGGGUGGAGUCGCUGCUCGAGCAGGGUGCGGUCAAGUCUGGCUGCGCGCGAGAUGGCCACGGCCACACCGUCUUCUGGCACGCCGUGGCGCGGGAGUGCCCGGAGGUCGCCCUGCUCCUCCUGCGCCGCUUCCCCCCGCAGGGCGCAGGCGGGGUCGACGCCUGCGAGGUGCACCCCCAGCGCGGGGACACCCUGCUGCACCUCCUCUGCGGCAGCGCGCGCUUCGACGGGCGGACGCAGGAGGUCUUCGUGGCCCUCCUGCCGCGGGUGCCCGCGCGCCUCUGCGCCACCGCCAACGCCGCCGGCCAGAGCUUUCUGCACGUGGCGCCCGCCCUGGCCGCGGAGCCACCGCCCGCGGCGGAGUGGGCGGCCUGCCUGCGGAGGCGCCUGGGCGGCGAGCCCGCCGCGGCCGAGCCCGCGGACGUGGAGGUCGAGGUGCAGGACGCCGCGCUGGGGCGGCGGCGGCUCCCCUCGCGGCGCGCGGCGCUCGCGCUCGCGUCGCCGAGGUGGCGCGAGCAGCUGGCCGCGCAGCCCGCGGGAGGCGCUGGCGGCCCCGCUGUUCUGCGGGUGGAGCCCAAGUGCUGCAGCAGCGAGGCGGUCAUGAGCGAGGCCCUCCGCUUCCUCGCCGGCGGCGGCCUCGACAGGGGCGCGCUGGGGCAGGAGGGGCGCCUGCUGUGGCAGCUGCUGUGCCUCUGCGUGCAGUACCGCCUGCCGGAGGAGCUGCGCCGGAGGUGCGUCUGGGCGCUGCUGGCGGGGAUGCGCAGGCCCGAGAACGCCGUGGUGGUGGCGCUGCUGCUGCGCGCCGCGGGGGCGUCGGGCCUCUCCGGCCCGGAGAGGCACCUCGUGCUGCAGCACUUCCUCUCGAGCCCCGAGGCCGCGCGGGCUGCCGGGGACGACCUGAGGCUCGGCAAGGCCUGCUUGGCCGCGGUGGCGGAGCUGGAGGGCCUGCUGACGGGUGGCGCCGCGAAGUGCCCCCUGCCCUCGCGUGUGCUGCACGGCCUGCUCCGCAACCGUUUCAUGUGGCUCCAAUCUGGUACAGAUUAUCGCGAGGACUGGGCGCCCAGCCCACCUCGCAGCAGGGCGCGGCAUGGCGCCCUGACGGGAGCAGCGGACUCCACCCGUGGAAUCAUAGAUUGUGCGAGGCGCGACGACGCCAGGCAGCGCAGGAUGGCGGUGUCGGCAGGAGCCAAAAAGGCGGGGACCGACGCGCUGCGGGCCGCUGGUGCUGACGUAACGGACGACGACGUCGCGAGCCUCGUCCUGAAGGUGAGGGCGACGCUGAACGCGGGGCGGGCCCCCCGUUCGAAGCUGGACGAGGCGAGACGACUGGAGGCAGCGCUGGACCCGGUGGCCAUCCGCCUGGCGCUGGGGAACCCGGAGGUCCCGGGCUCUGAGAUGGCCGAGGCCCUCUGGGGGUUCACUGAGGCCGCCACGUACGCCACGCAGGCGGAGAGCCGGAUCAGGAGAGUGGCGGCCGACACCGAUGGCUGGGAGAGGAUCGCGGAUCGGAUCUGGGCCCGUGCAGUCGGCGACGACGGCGGCACGCUGCCCACCGACUGGCUGCUGCACCUGGGCAUAGGGCUCCUCCUGUCCAGCCUGGUGGUGGUGCUUGGGGCCGACUCUGGGCGGCACCGCCUGGCAGGCGCAGCUGUGGGGCGGCGCUCGGCCUUCGCUGCGGCGCUGAGCAGCGGCGGGGACGGCCUGGACCUGACCGCCGCCGAGGACGACAGCGCGGCCUGGGACGCGAAGGGGGCCCCGACGACCAAGGGGGGUGGCGCGGGGGCCGCGGAGGUUCCUACUGGCCCGCUGCACCCCCCGGGGCUGGCAGCGCUGCCGCCGUCGCCGUGGGCCCCACCUGCCGAAGGCGUGGGCGCGGGCGCCCCGCCAGCCAAGCCCGGCUCGCAGGACCUGGCGGCGCUGCGGGCGUUCGGCCAGGGGUCCGAGGUGCCGGGCCCCUUCAGCCAGACGGCGGCCCUGCAGCAGCAGCAGCAGCAGCAGCCGCAGCCGAGCCCGGAGGUAGGCGUGCCAACGUCGGGGCUCAGCUUCCAUGCGCCCUAUGCUCCUGCAGACGCGGUGAAGCUAGGGCGCGAGGUCCAGAUGGUGGGCGCCACGCUGCGCGAGUUCCAGGCGCAGGCGGCCACGAACGUGUACUGGGCCUGGCACUUCUGGGAGAGAAUCGCGGCGGUGGAUGGCUCCAUGGGGCUGCACCCUGACCUCCGUCGCGUGCUGCAGACCCACGGCUACGUGGGCGCGGGAACGAAGUCCCCGCCAGGAGGAUCGCUGCAGCAGGAGCUGGACGCGCUGCUCUCCUCCUCCACAGCGCCGCACGGCGGGGGCAUGCACGCCUCCCCUGGGUGGGCCGUGGCCCCGGUGACCCAGCAGCAGCAGGAGGACAGCCGAUGGAACCUCAGCCUCCCGCCGGACCUGCGACGCGCGGCGCCGGAGAUCUACCGCACCAUGCGGGGCGCUGGGGCGGCUAGCGCUCGCGACUGGCUGUCGCAGGAAGUGACGGGCCAGCGACACACGGCAGUCUGGACCGACCUGUGGACUGCCGCCACCAACGUGGACUACUUGCUGGGCGGGUGCAGGACCCAGUCCGAGCUGCUCACCCGCCUGGCGUCCGACGAUGCGCUGGAGCUGCACCUGAGGCGGCUGGCGAGCUACGUCUACGAGAUGCGGACGAAGGACAAGGUGGGUGCGGCGGCCAUGCUGGCCGUGCGCCCGCCCGGGUCGGCCGCCGACUUGGCUCCCACAUGGCUGGUGACCGAGGCCACGACCCACAGCAAGGCCGAGCACCAGCGUGACGAGAGGGUCCACGCCGCCAGCAAGCGCGACAGCCGAGGUGCCCCGCGGCCGCGGGUGCAGCCUAGAAUGCCAGUGACGGGUUUGCCUGGCUCGCUGACGCGGGCCCUGCAGUGGAAGGAGGCCGAGGCCAGGUUGAGGACGCGCUGGGCUCGACGCAUGCGUGUGUGGCGUCGGGCCUGUGGGCUCAUCGAGCUCAUGGACGGGAUGGGCCGCGGAUCCCUGGAGGCGAGACCAGCGGGCCAGCGUGAGCCGAGCAAUGGCGACAUGAUGCUGGCCUGGCAGCUCGUGCAGCAGUAUGCGUUACAGGACGCAGCGCGGUACGAGCGCGACUGCCGGGGGCUUGCCCCGACAGGCGGUCAAGGGGCGGAUCUUGCCUGCGACCGAGGACCGCAGGAUGCCUACACCGGAGAGCGCAAGGGUGUGAGCAGGCACGUGAUGAUGUGCGCCGCGGCGGUUGCAGAACCCCCCGACGACAUGGUCGUGGACCUGCUGGAGGCGCUGCCUGACGGCGAGCGCCAGUACUACUCGGACGAGCUGAACGUUCUGGACUACAGCGGCAAGGCGCUGCUGGGCGUGGGCGCUCGCUUGGGGGCGCUCGCGGGCGCCGCGGCGCCCGCCGAGGGCGGGGCCAGCGGUGCGCCGCGCGCCUCGCCGCCCGAGGACGGGGGGCUGGAGGCGGACGGCCGGGGGGAUGCCGGACCUGAGGACGCUCAGCAGCAUCGCUACGACGACGACUGGCUCGGGCAGCAGUCCAGCUGCCGUGCCGCGCCGCCUAGCCCGUCGGGCUACAGCGUGGCGGAGUGGCUAGAGGCGGUGAGGCGGGCGAAGCGGGACGACGAGCGGGUGAUGGUGGUGAUGCAUCUCUUUGCUGGCCGUCGGCGGCGUGGCGACGUUCAGGAGGUGGUAGAGAGGUUGGCGAUGGAGCGGGGCCUGAGGGUGCUCUUUCUUUCUGCCGAUCUCCUUGACGACCCGCGGUGGGACCUGGCCAGCCCUCCCACCUUCUCCGCUUUGAUGGAGCUGUGCGAAGGCGGCUGGGUGGACGUCGUGCUGGGCGGCCCGCCCUGUUCGACCUGGUCGCGGGCUCGCUACAAUCGUCGCCGACCAGGACCGCCGCCAGUGCGCUCGCGGCGGUGCCCCUGGGGGCUGCCAGGCCUCAGGACCUGGGAGGCCGCUAGAGUCGCGGAAAGUAACACCCUGACGCUGAACUUGUUGGCACUCUGCGAGGCGUGCGGCCAGAGUGGCGGCGCCUUCCUCAUCGAGCACCCGGAGGGCCCAGGGCAGGCGCCCUACCCAUCCAUUUGGAACACGACGGAGAUGCAGGACUUCGAGACGAGGCGCUCGUCUCAGAGAGCGUGCCUGGACCAGUGCAUGCUGGGCGGACGGACGAAGAAGCCCACGUGCCUGAGCGGCGCGCUGCAGGGACUGAAGGACCUGGAUGAGCUGCGGUGUGACGGGUCCCAUGCCCACGAGGCGGCCGAGGGCAAGUUGGCCGACGGCACCUUCCGCACGAGCCCGCUGGCCCAGUACCCCGAGGGGAUGUGCGAGGCGCUGGGCGCCCUGAUUGUCCAGGCCCUGGCCAUCUUCGAGCAGACCGGUCUGGGCGGCGCCGGGUGGCGAAGGCCGCCGGAGGCCGACAGGUCGGUCACCGCCUGGAGCUCGCGGAGCACUACGGCACUAGCGGUGGCCGUGCGGAACGAGGGCGUGCUUCGCGGCCGUGGGCUGGUGCUGGACGGGCCGCAGAUGGCCUUCUACCUGCGCGUCGACGACGGGGUGGUGAUGGCCAGUGGCAGCGGCUGUGGCCCACGGGCCACAGGGAAGAUGCACCAGCUCGCGGAUGCCCUGGCCGAGGCCGGCUUCGUGGUCACCGACCGCACGGAGGCUAACGACAUGCAGAAGGUGCUGGGCUACGCACCACAGGCGCGCCCAGCGCAGCUGCGCUUGCCCCCGAAGAGGGCGCGGGAGCUGGUGCGGCAGCUGGAGGAGAUGGGCGCCACCCGCACCCUCCACACCGAGGAGCUGCGCUCGCUCUUGGGGGUGUGGAUCUGGGGCGCUCUGCUACGGAGGGAGCUGCUAUGCAUACCCAGCGCCGUCUUCAGGCUCCUGGAGAGGCACCCGCGCCAGCGGGUGUGUACCUGGGCGACCGUCCGCAGGGAACUGCGAGCUAUGGCGCAGGUAGUCCCGUUGAUGUACGCCGACCUGGGAGCCCCGCCAGCCCCCGUGUAUUUCGCGGCGGACGCCAUGGGCGCCAACGUGGAGGACGACGGCGGCUGGGGCAUUCUGGUGACCGACAUGAGCGAGGACAUCGCGAAGGACUUCAUCGACACGGGCGGCAACUUGGGCUACACCGUGGCGCGGCUGGACGGCGAGCUCACUGGAUUGCGACGGCCCGAGCAGGUCAUCCGACGGACGAAGCCCUUCAGCCUCCUGCCCGAUCGCGUGUUCAAGCCCGACGAGGACUGGACGAUCGUGGGCGCGGGGAGGUGGCGGACGGCCGACCACAUCACGCUGGGCGAGGGGCGCUGCGUCGUGAAGAUCAGUAGACUGGCGGCCGCCACUCCGGCCCUCCACCGCACCGUGCUGCCGAUCCUGGAGGACAACCAGCCAGUCUCAGGCGCGGUAUGCAAGGGCAGGAAGCUGGACAGCACUUCUGCUGAGAAGGUUAAGCCGCACACCCUGGCGGCUUACAGGGCAGCGGCUAUGAAGUUCGUGACCUACCUGGACGAGCACGGCUUCGUCCCCGACGGGCCCGAGCAGUGGGACGACCUGCUUGUCGAGUACAAGAACGACAUGCAGAUGACCAAGUGCAAUUUCGAGUACGCCGUCGCGGCGGUGGGGCUCCUCUUUCCCUAUUCGCUCGUCGACUACAGGCUUCGGCUCAAGCAGUUUGAAGCAGCCUUGGGCCUCGACAUCCACUGGGCGCCUCGCUCGGCGCGCGCAGGGUUCGCCAGCGAUUCCGUGGCUCGUGGUGUCCCCUUCCAGGACAUCAAGGAGGCAGGACGGUGGCUCACGGAGUCCAGCCUCCGCAUCUACGUGGACGUUGUCACCGCCUCCAGGGUCCUGGCUCAGGCUGAGCAGCGAGGAAUCGCACCGCUCAUCCGCGAGGCGGCCGAGAAGCUGCCCAACUACUUCCCGGAGGGCAUCUUCGGCGAGGGUCAGAGCAUCCAGCAUGCCGCCAGCGGGCUGGCGCAAGGGCCAGGACGGCUCCUGGGUGCUGCCUGCGGAGGGAGCCCCUCCAGCGCCGCUGGCGGGGGGCCGCCGGGUGGCCUCGCCAGCGCCCCGAGCGGCGCUAGCCCAGCCGCCUGCGCCAGCACUAGGCGCACUGGUGGAUGGGCUGCUGGCGGGUCCGCAGCAGCCGGGGGAUGCAGCAGCGGGCGCGGGCGCGGCCGAGGCCGAGGCGCCAGCGCCAGCGGCCCCUGGCGUGGCAGCACUGGGGCCCCCGCAGCCGCUGGUGGCGCAGCCGCUGGCAGGGGGCGCGGCCGCGGGGGCGAGACGCGCGCGCUGGAGCAAGUGGUCGCUGCUACGCGCGGCCUGGCUCAUCGCAAGGUGGUGCGGCCGCUCAACCUCGCGAGGAGUGACGUGGGCGGCGGUCGCCGCGAUGCUGAUCGGGUGGCGCUACAUGGCCGGGCCGCUGACCCACGUCGGGACCAUGAUGGGCGUCGUGGCCAGCGUAUCAGUCUCGGCAGGCAAGGUGGUCGACAGCAGCCUUGGGGCAGUCAUCACGGCGGCACAAGGCGUGUCAGACUUCGCCGUGACGUCGUCCCGCAGCUCGGCGAGCCUCCUGCAGGAGGCCUGGCGCGGAGUGGACAUCACCAACCUUCACGUCCGCCAGCGCCGCGCCGAGCGGCUCGCGGACGACCCCGAGAUCUUGCAGGCCUGGAUCCAGCGCGAGUUCCUGACAGGCGAGCCCCGACCGCCUGGAGCCGAGCAGGUCGCCACCGCGAUCGCUGA